AUGGCGGCUGAAGAGGCUGAUGUGGAUGUCGAAGGGGAUGUGGUGAUGACGGCAGCACAGUCCGGAAUUGAUGAAAAUGCAGUAUCGGUUUUACAACAAGAUCACUAUCUGGAUACAUCCUGGAGAACUGAUAAUGGCCUUAUUCCUUGGACUCUGGAUAGCACCAUCAGUGAAGAGAACAGAGCCGUCAUUGAGAAAAUGUUGUUGGAAGAAGAGUAUUAUUUAUCUAAGAAAUCACUGCCAGGAAAAUUCUGGCUUCCUCAAAAGGAAAAUGAUAAAAAAUAUAUGAAAAGUCUGCAGAAAACAGAAAAAACCAUGGUACAUUCUGCUACAAAACCAGCCAGUUACCCAGUAAAGUGGACGAUUGAAGAAAAAGAACUGUUUGAACAAGGGCUGGCUAAAUUUGGUCGAAGGUGGACCAAAAUUGCAAAGCUAAUAGGAAGUCGUACUGUAUUACAAGUGAAGAGUUAUGCCAGACAGUACUUUAAAAAUCAGGUAAAAUUACAUGGUCUGGAGAAAGAAGCACCAAGUCAGAAGAGCAACAGUGACCUUCAAGUUAAAAAUGAGGAUGAAAGGACAAAAGCAUGGAUGCCAUCAUCAUCAGGUUUAAGGGGACUGGCUGAUCCAAACUUGAAUGCUGUAAAGAUUGAAAAGUUAUCUGAUGAUGAAGAAGUGGACAUCACAGAUGAGACAGAUGAGUUAACUUCUCAAACACUCAAAAAGUGCCCUAACAGUGGGCUCUUAUUAGACAUUCCUGAUAGUAAAACUCGGGAAACUAAGCAAGGAGAAGUGAUUGCUUCUGUCACAGAGAAAAACUCUUUUUCUAAAUCUUCCACAGAAUAUCUUCAGAAUAUAAAGCAAAGUGAGGCAGAAACACUUUCAAGCUCAGUAAUUGCAUUACAGACUGAAAAACAGAGCACUGGUAACAAAAACUCAGAUGACUUAAAUGAUCAAAAAAACUGUGACAAGCAUUAUGAAAAUGGAAUAAGAGAUGAUGUUAGGCAAAUAUCUUUUCUAGAGCCUUGUGACGUUCAGAAAGAUAUGAAUGAUAAAGAAAUAAUUUUUCAUUCUUCCUGUCAAAUUGAAGACGAGAACCAUGAGGAAGAAGAGCUUAAGCCACCUGAACAAGAAGUAGAAAUAGAUAGAAAUAUCAUUCAAGAAGAAGAAAAACAAGCAAUUUCUGAGUUUUUUGAGGGACGCCAAGCUAAAACACCAGAACGCUAUUUGAAAAUUAGAAAUUACAUUUUGGAUCAGUGGGAGAUAUGCAAACCGAAAUACUUAAAUAAGACCUCAGUACGUCCUGGCCUGAAGAACUGUGGGGAUGUUAAUUGUAUUGGACGGAUUCAUACAUACCUCGAGUUGAUAGGAGCAAUCAAUUUUGGAUGUGAACAGGCUGUAUAUAACAAACCACAGCCAGUUGAUAAAGUACGAAUCAGAGACAGAAAAGAUACCGUAGAAGCGUACCAACUUGCCCAGCGUCUGCAAUCAAUGCGUACAAGAAGACGAAGGGUUCGAGAUCCAUGGGGAAAUUGGUGUGAUGCAAAGGACUUAGAAGGACAAACAUUUGAGCAUCUCUCUGCUGAGGAGUUGGCAAGAAGAAGAGAAGAGGAAAAAUGUAAACCUGUUAAUAAGUCUUUUAAAGUGCCAAGGUCAACAAAAAGCUCGUUUGAUCCCUUCCAACUGAUACCUUGUAAUUUUUUCAAUGAAGAAAAGCAGGAGCCAUUUCAGGUGAAAGUGGCUUCAGAAGCACUUUUAAUAAUGGAUUUGCAUGCUCAUGUUUCUAUGGCAGAAGUCAUUGGUCUGUUAGGCGGAAGAUAUUCUGAAGUUGAUAAGAUAGUUGAAAUCUGUGCAGCAGAGCCGUGUAACAGUCUCAGUACUGGACUGCAAUGUGAAAUGGAUCCUGUAUCACAAACACAGGCCUCAGAGACCUUGGCUGUUAGAGGCUACAGUGUUAUUGGAUGGUAUCAUUCUCAUCCUGCCUUUGAUCCUAACCCAUCGUUACGAGAUAUUGAUACCCAAGCUAAAUACCAGAGUUACUUCUCCAGAGGAGGUGCAAAGUUCAUUGGAAUGAUUGUUAGUCCCUAUAAUCGAAAUAACCCUUUACCUUAUUCCCAGAUCACCUGCUUGGUUAUAAGUGAUGAAAUGAGUCCGGAUGGCUCCUAUCGUUUACCUUACAAAUUUGAAGUACAACAGAUGUUAGAAGAACCUCGAUGGGGACUAGUAUUUGAAAAGACAAAAUGGAUAAUAGGAAAAUACAGGCUCUCCCAUAGUAGUGUCCCCAUGGAUAAAAUCUUUCACCGGGAUUCUGACCUGACUUGUUUGCAAAAACUUUUGGAGUGUCUGAGGAAAACUCUGAGCAAAGUGACCAAUUGCUUCAUUGCUGAAGAAUUCUUGACUCAAAUAGAAAAUUUGUUCCUUUCCAAUUACAAAAGCAAGCAAGAGAAUGGAGCAGCUGAAGAGAACUGUAGUAUGAGUUCAGAGGAAUUGUUAAUGUAAUCAUUUCAGUCUUGACUAAAUGAUACAUCCUGUUUCAAAGUUAUAACCUUGAAAUUAUUGU